AUGUCUCAUAACAUCGUUAUCACUGGUGCAUCGGGCUACCUAGGCGGCACACUACUCGCUCGCUGGAAAGAAGCCAAUUUACCCCCUUACAAAAACCUCUAUGCCCUCGUCCGAACAGAUGAGCAAGCCAAAGCCGUCAAGGAACUAUACAACGCAGAACCCGUACGUAUAGAUCUGAACGAUGACGCCGACAUUGAACAGGCUAUUGUGAGCCGCGAGAUAAGCGUCAUUUAUUACUUGAUUGAUGUAAUGGAUAAACGUAAACCGGCGGCCAUGAUUCGCGCACUGAGUAAAGUCAAACAAAACACUGGAAGGGAUGAUGUGCAUUUCUUGUUUACGACUGGUGCAAAGAUAUUUAGUAGUCAUACUGGACUACCCACCAACAGGCCGCUGUUGGAUACGGAGGAGGAGAUUUAUGAGCUUCUGAGAACUGCGAAGGGGCCUCAACCGCUUAUCGUUGAGGCUGGCAAGACAAAUGUGAAAAUCAUCGACGACGCAGAAGCUCUCGGCGUCAGAAGCUACAUCUUCUCUCCUUGCAUUGUAUACGGCAAGGGGGAAGGUUUCGGAAAUCCUAUUUCUAUUCAAACUGUAGCUGUUAUACGAGCAGCGAAACGGACGCGGAGGAUUUAUACUGUCGAUGACAGUUCAGCAACAUGGCCGGUAUGCCACGUAUAUGACAAUACGACCCUCUACCUCUCCAUCUUGCGUGCCAUUCUCUCUGGUCAGAAUCCCAGGUAUGGUAAAAACGGAUUCUAUCUCGCGGCUUCGGGUCUUGUGAAAUGGCACGAUCUCUAUCGUGCUCUUGCAAAGAGACUACUUGAAAAAGACGUUAUUGAUGAUGAUAUCAUCACGCCGGCUAACGAUGCUGCAUUGGAGAAGAUGUCGACGGUGUUGCGUGGUGAUAAGUCGUUUGUGUCUGCUGAGAUUGGUGGUCGAUGCACAUUCACGGCAGCUCGGGGUCAUACUAUUGGAUGGAAAGCAAAGUAUGCGCCGGAGCAUAUCCUUGAAGUCGCUGGGGAAGAGGUUGAUUUGGUUCUUGAGCAUUCAUAG